CUCUUACUCCAGAUUUCACUUCCAAUUAACAUUACAUCCUCAUCGAGACUCGUCACCAUGCCAUCCAUCCCUCGUGCCACAAUACUGGCCUUUGGCAUAACCUCGUUUAUAUCGGGAUGGGCUUCCCUCAUCUCACCAAAUCUAAUGAUCGAGUCUCUCAACCUCCCUACAGGCGCCCUACCAGCCGUAAAAGGCAACGCUCUGGCAGCCAUUGCCAUGGGCAUUUACUACACACUGGCCGCGUACCAAAACAACACUGCAUUCUUCGCGGCUACCGUUCCGAUGAGGCUGCUUACAGCUACGGUAUUCUGGGCGCAGGAUUGGAAGGCUGCGUCGAUCUGGGAGGGUGCAGGUGCGAUUUUAACUGCAGCGGCUUUGGUCUUGUCUUGAUAUGCUUGGGGAAGCGAACCAAAAGUAUCACAUCUCAAGCACACACCCACCAAAUGAAGCAAUGAUCUAAUGUUACCACCUCUGCUGCAAUAGCCGAGAUUAUCCGGUCUGACUGCAUUUCAAUUUGUCUUUUCUUUUUCUCUCCCCUCUUGGGAAUGAGUCCUUCAACGUGAGUCACAGGAGGCUAUUCUGGAUAUGGAGACACGGGAAUUCGCCGGUGGAGUUGGAUACGUCCAUUGGGCAGGUGGAACAGUGCGAUUAAAAGGUAGAAGUGCCAAUACUCAACUCAUGGUCAAGAGCAGUGAGACCAUGUGAUGGACAGCUUCAUAUGAGAAUAGACACGCAAACCAGGUAACACGUCCAGCAAAAUGAAGCAUGUGAGAUCCUACGAGCAAUUAGUACUAUAUAUAAAGAAACGUG